CUCUUCUCUCCUUCUUCUCUUAACUGUUCGAGCUUUUUCUUCAGAAUAUUUGUCGUGGUUGAUUUCUUUCGUCCGGACCUGAAGGCGCUCCUUUUCUUCGAGAUCUAUCCCUCUCUUCUCGCGCUUUAGACGAUCGUUCUUUCGAUUCAUACAGCGUUGCCCUAGCAAUUGCGUUUCAUACAUUUCUCAUAAUCUUUAAGCGCCUUCAUGAUGUCUGGUGUCCAGCCCGUUGCUGUCUAUGCUCUCCGGGUGCCCGCUGAUGGUGCCCUGGUCCCUGCAGUUCCCGAUGCUGCUGCCAUGUUCCGAGUGAGCAUGGCUGCCAUUGACCCCGAUGAGGCCCCCGAGUUUGAUGAUGACAGCAGCCGCCGUCCUCGAGCGACUCUGAGGAUUAUCCGCGCUCCCCCGGGAUUGGAUGAGGAAGACUCGGACGACGAUUACGAAGACGAGGAUGACUCCGAAGAUGAUUCCGAGGAUGAUGAGGAAGUCAACGGAGGUCCCAGCGAUAAGGAGAAGGCCCGGAAACUAAAGGAGGCCGCCUACCUGAAGGAGUUGGAGGAUGCUAUGUCGGAAGACGACGAGUCCGACGAGGGUGAAGAGUUCGACCUGAAGGCCGCCAUCUCAAAGCUCGUCAAGGGCAAGGCUCCAGCCACUGAUGAUGACGACGAGGAUGCUGAAUCUGAUGAGGGUUUGGAUCUUGAUGAGAUGGUUGUCUGCACUCUGGACCCCGAAAGGAACUACCAGCAGCCCCUUGACAUUACUGUCGCUGAAGGCGAGCGUGUCUUCUUCAAAGUCACUGGAACCCACACCAUUUACCUCACUGGAAAUUAUGUCAUGCCUAUUGACGAGCCCCGUGAUGACUACGAUGAAGAUGAUGACGAGGACGAGGAGGAUUAUGAUUUGUCUCCGGAUGAGGAUGAGCUCGAUAUGGACGAGCUCAUGAUGGGUGAGGACGACGAGAGUGAUGACCUCGAUGGCCUGGAGAACCCUAGGAUCACGGAAAUCGACACCGAUGAAGAGGAAGCACCCAAGCUCGUCGACGCUAAGGGCAAGAAGAAGCGCGGUGCCGAUGAGGCUGCUCUGGAAGCUAAGGAUGACAAGGCGAAGUCCGCGGCCAACGGUGAGAGCAAGAAGCAACAGAAGAAGCUCAAGAAGAACAACGGCGAGGCUUCCGCUGUCGAGGCCAAGCCCGAGCAGAAGGAGACCAAGAAGGUUCAGUUCGCCAAGAACCUCGAGCAGGGACCUACGCCUUCCAAGGAGAGGAAGCCUGAUGAGAAGAAGCCUGCUGAUAAGGCAGAGAAGACGACUGGCACCCUUGGCGUCAAGGAGGUGAAGGGGGUAAUCAUUGAUGACAAGAAGCUGGGUAAAGGCCCUGCCGCUGCUUCUGGCAAUACCGUUGCCAUGCGCUACAUCGGCAAGCUCGAGAAUGGCAAGGUUUUUGACUCCAACAAGAAGGGCAAGCCCUUCACCUUCAAACUCGGCAAGGGUGAGGUGAUCAAGGGCUGGGAUAUCGGUGUUGCUGGCAUGGCUGUCGGUGGCGAGCGUCGUAUCACCAUCCCCUCUCACCUUGCCUACGGCAAAAAGGGUGUUCCCGGCAUCCCUGGUAACUCAAAGCUGAUCUUCGAUGUUAAGCUUCUGGAGAUCAAAUAGAGGGAUUCCUUUACAACGUAUGGACUCUGAACGAGCCGGGUGUAAGCGUACGUGUGGAUGAUAUACCUCCGUCUUUUCAGUCUUUUGUCUUAGCUUCCACAUUGCUUUUGUCUUGCCCAAAAGAACCAUAGGUGUUAUAGGUGUUAUCGAAUCAUACUUCUUUCCCAUUAC